UUUGUUUUUCGCUUUUCCGUAGCGUUGUUUCCUUCUCUCUGUUCAAUCGUUUUCAUUAUAUAUUCGAGGAGGGAAACGGGUUCAUGCUUUUUGUUAGGGUUUAACUUUAUCAAUACUUUCACGGUUCGCAAUUUCUGCAUUUUCCCCGUUCUUUUAUAAUUGAUUGAUUGAAGAAAUUGUUUCAGCAAACAAUGGACUUCUUUUCAAAGGGAAUGAACGGGGAUGGAUCUGAGUGCCCUUUUGAUUUGAAUGACGUUCAAAGGUGCCCGUUUUUAAGAAACAUCAACGAACCUACAAAUUUCUCUUUCUACCAAGCCAAAAUCUCCACUCCUGGGCAUGGAGCCAAGGGUCCUAUAUUUGAAGAUGGUCCCAGUUUUAACAUGGCAUUUAAGCUAUUUCAUGGGAAGGAUGGGGUGGUUCCCCUAACUGACAAAACUGACUUUGACAGUGGCAGUGCAGAAGCUGUUGGUUCUUUGCCUGUUUUCAACCCUUUAGCGGGAAAAGCUGCCACUAUUAGUCUGUCAACCUUUGGAUCAGGAGGCUCAUUUAGUUUUGGGAAUUUUUCCAAGAAAUGGAAGAAGCAGAACAAUUCCGAAUCGUCAAAUAAAAAGGAACAAUCAUCUCAGAAGGGUGAUGUAUCAAAGCACGAGGCCCUUGGAAACGAAUGGUUGGCAAACGGAAAUUGCCCAAUUGCCAAGUCUUAUAGAGCUGUAAGCAACGUUCUACCCCUUGUUGCAACAGCUUUUCGGCCACCAAGUGGAAUGAAGCUUAAAUGUCCACCAGCAGUUGUUGCCGCAAGGGCUGCCCUUGCCCGUACAGCCCUUGUGAAAAACUUGCGCCCUCAGCCUCUUCCUGCAAAAAUGCUUGUUAUUGCAGCUUUGGGCAUGGCGGUUAACGUGCCCUUUGGCAUGUGGAAGGAACAUACCGCGAAAUUCUCGUUAUCUUGGUUUGUGGCCGUGCAUGCUGCUGUUCCUUUUAUAGCCAUGCUUCGGAAAUCAGUGGUGAUGCCUAAAUCAGCUAUGGCACUGACCAUUAUAGCUUCUAUCCUUGGGCAAGUUAUUGGUUCGAGAGCUGAGCGGAUCCGUUUGAAAACAAUCGCCACUGAGAUGGGAAAAGUGAAAACAGAGACCGUAUGCAGCAUGGAAGACUACAGUCCCAGGAAGCUUGGUGAUAUUAGGGCCAAUCACUACAGUGCUGGAGCAAUGGUCCUCAAGUCGUCACUUCCUGUGAAGGAUGCAGGAUCAUCUUCAACCGCUGGCGUGUGUUAUUGACCUGUAAAGAUGGGAAAUAAAUCAAUUCAAGUUCUAUCUUGAACAAAGAUGAUGAACUGAUAUGUUAAUAAAAUUGAUUAAUGUAGAUAGAUAAGCUUUGUGAACUAUGUAUAACAUGAACAGAAAUUUAGACAUGCUACUGCUUUGCAUGCAGAAACGUAUAUGGACAAUUGGUCACUGAAUUCUGAUAAAAUUUCAAUUUGUUUUA